CGGGGCGGGGCCGGCCGGGGCCGGGAGCGGCGCUGCCCCGGGCAAGGCGCGGCCCCGGGCGGGAUGCGGCGCGGCGGCGGCCCCGGGAACGGCAGCGAGGGCGAGCCCGAGUGGCCGUGGCCGUGGCCGCCCUGCGACGAGCGGCUGUGCCCGGCGCUGCCCGUGUGGGUGCUCGUUCCCGUCACGGCCGUCUGCCUGGGGCUCUUCGUGGUCGGCGUGGCGGGCAAUGUCCUCACGGUGCUGGUCAUCCGCAGCUACCGCGACAUGAAGACCACCACCAACCUCUACCUGGGCAGCAUGGCCGUCUCGGACCUGCUCAUCCUCGUGGGGCUGCCCUUCGACCUCUACCGCCUCUGGCGUUCCCGGCCCUGGAUCUUCGGGCAGCUGGUGUGCCGCCUCUCGCACUACCUCAGUGAGGGCUGCACCUACUGCACCAUCCUCCACAUCACCGCCCUCACCGUGGAGCGCUACCUCGCCAUCUGCUUCCCCCUCAAGGCCAAGGUGGUCGUCACCAAGCGCCGGGUGAAAGCCACCAUCGGCGUCCUUUGGGCAUUUGCCUUGCUCUCCGCCAGCCCCUUCUUCUUCCUGGUCGGCGUGGAGCAGCCCGACAACCACACCGACUUCAGCCGCGAGUGCAAGCCCACCCCGCAGGCGCUGCAGUCCGGCCUGCUGGCCACCAUGUUCUGGGUCACCACCUGCUACUUCGUCCUGCCCGUCACCUGCCUCAGCGUCCUCUACGGCUUCAUCGGCCGCGAGCUGUGGCGGAGCAACUCCCGCCUGCGGGGCCCCAGCUCGCUCCUCCGGGAGAAGGGGCACCGCCAGACAAUCCGGAUCUUGGCUUUUCUACCUGAGCGCAUCCAUCAACCCUGUCCUCUACAACCUCAUUUCGAAGAAGUACAGGGCAGCAGCCUGCAAGCUGCUGCUGCCACGCCGAGCUGCAGAAAGGGCUUUCACUGUAACAAAAGACGCUGGGGGCUACACAGAGACCAGCGCCAGCACACGGAACGAGUACACCACCAGCUUCUGAGCCUGCAUCCCACACUUCUUCGGGCAUUCUUGCCCAAGGAAGGGAACAUCCUUCUCGCAGGAGAGUCACAAAAGGAUGGACAUUUGUUAGGGCGUGUGUUAUUUCGUAACUGUCUGUAUUUUGGAAUACUUGUAUUUUUGAUAACAGAGCAGGCAGGCACCAUGAAGUAGGGAGAAUGAUGUGCAAGUCGUGAAAGAUGGUAAGUCAGUAGGAAAAGCUGGAGUACAUUGCCAGUAAAACCAUGGGUUUACUUCAUUACAUAUUGUUCAUUGCACGUGUUCUGUGCCAUUUCUAGUAUUUUCUAAAAAUUGUAACACCAAAGUCUGCAAAGGAGCACUUCUUGGGAGCUGUAAUGGGUAAAACUCCCAGACAGCCUUCACCAUUUUAAAAUGUUUUUCUUAUAAACAAGAUUUUACAAAACACAGUCUCACAAGGAGAUGGAUGCAAAAAAAUCACCUGCCAGCCUGAACAGCCCUGGAAAAAGAGGCUUUUUAGUACUUGGUCUUGUAAUCAUGAAGGGGACUUUCUUGGGCAGUUUCACUAAUUUCCCUUAGGAAAGCAUCUGCUGCACACAGCAGUCUCUGGCCUUAACCCUUUUGGCCUGAUCCACAGGAUCAAAUGAGGUCUUUUAUUUAUAUGUUAGCAACCAGUCCCCUGUUGUAAAACUUGAGAUAACCCACAUCAUUCCUUAGGAUAGAUGAGCAGUGUUUGGUAAAUGGUAGUGGUCCACCACGUCACAUUGUGUAUUGCAUGUGCAAAUAAUACACCAAGUUAACCCAGCUUGCCACAAACGAGACCCAUCCCUGAAUGUGCUGGACUAUGCCCAGGACCUGAUGCUGCACGAUGCUGCACUGCAAGUCAAAAACAAACUCACUAAUUCUGCUCCAAAAGAUUUUAAUUGGAAACUUCAACUGGACAAUUUAGGAAGGAGGCUGAUUGUGAGGAAAAGCUAGAAGAAGAUGCAGCAGUGUUUUCUCUAGAGGAUCAUUGCCUCUGUGUAUUUUAUUUGUUACUUUAUUGGCUCUAGUGGUGUAAAUCUGGACCAAAAUCAAUGAUGUGGGACUGUGCUUACAGGAGCAUCGCUGACGGUAUGUCCAUGUUUGCCCUUGGCUCUCUGUUAACUUCUCCUCCUUUCAGGCAGUUGUAGAGAGUGAUGAGGUCCCCUCUGAGCCUCCUUUUAUAUAGGCUAAACACCCCCAUCUCCCUCAGCUGCUCCUGAGUUGUGCUCCAGGGCCUUCCCCAGUUCUGUUGCCCUUCUCUGGACAUACUCCUGCACCUCAGUGUCCUUCUUUUAGUGAGGGGCCCAGGACUGAACACAGGAUUUGAGGUGUGGCCUCACUACUGCUGAGUACAGGAGGACAAUCCCUGCCCUGCUCCUGCUGGCCACCCUAUUGCUGACACAGGCCAGGAUGCCACUGGCCUUUUUGGCCGCUUGGGCACAGCUGGCUCAUGUUCAGCUGAUGUUGACCAGCACCCCCAGGUGCUUUUCUGCUGGGCCAUCUUCCAGACACUCUGCCCCAGCCUGUAGCCCUGCCUGGGGUUGUUGUGGCCAAAGUGGCACAAGGGACCCAGCAUUUGGCCUUAUUGAGCCUCAUACAACUGUCCUCAGCCCAUCAAUGCAGCCAGUCCAGAUCAAUUCAACAGCUCAGAGAUCUCAGGGCAGCAGAGUUGAAUCCAAAUCUUCUCUGAGUUUUAAAAAUAUGACCAGUUCUCCAUUAAAGAAUCUGUAACUCUGAGUCACUGAAUAAAAUCUAAAAAAAUCUUAAGACAGAAAAAAAAUCUAUCUCACUGCAUACACAUAAAAUUUCCUUUUUCUGUCAGCUUCAUACUGGUAAAAGCAGUUGUCUGCAAGGCUUGGGUAAGGCUGCUUUUGCUGAGGGGUGUCAUUAAGAUGCUCAGUUAUCAUAAAGGAACAGCUGUUAUUUUGGGGGGGAUCAGGCAAGUUAUUAUGAACAGCAAUCUUUGUGAAUGUAUGUAGACCAAGGAGAGGAAAAAAGCUUUAUCAUAUUGAUACGUGGCCAUGGAGCUGCUUCUGCAUGCCUGCGGUCUCCUGAUAAUGGCUUUUCCUUUAUCAGUUGCUGCUAAAUUGCACUGGGAGUGAAGUACUUGCUCAUCAGAAAUUUCCCCAAAAGCAAUUGCAUAGGUGCCAGAAGCACAAGAUGAGUGGAGGAAGGAGGGAAAUGCCCUAGUGGGACACUGUCCUGAACCCCCUUUUCUAGGGUGCACUCCCUGCCACAGACAGCCCUGGCACUGCUCUGCUCUGUGUGCUGGGUGUCUAAAGCAGGUCCCUCUCAGCCGGGACUCCAGCUUGCUGCUCCCAAGCUGCUCAUGCAUUCACUGUGUUUCUGCAGGGAGCUCCAGGCUUGGGCUGCUCCUGCCCAGCCUCAGAUACUGCAGCAGCAGGCUUCUGCUCCUGCUGGCAGACUCCAUGGAAAUGGUACAGUUUUCUGGGAAAGUCAUUUGUACCCCUGUUAAAAAGUAUCCUCCUUGCAUGCUUAGUAGAAUAAUACAGGCAGCAAAAUCCACCUGUGAGCUUGCAGUGCCUUGUUAAUACCAUCUCCCCACCAGAACAAAGGCUUGGGAAAUAGAUAGUUGUGGGGGACAGUGAGCCAGCCAAAAAUACACCCAUCCUUCCUUGGAGGAAAGAAAUUAUUUAGGAUGUUUGCCACUUUCCUUAGGGGACAAACCUUAUCUAGACACCUUCACAGGCGUGAUGAAGCAAAAUGCCACCUGUCCAGCAUCCUUUUCAGUUCAUGUUAAUUCUGUGUUUCUUAUUGGUUGUUCCGUUUGACACACCCUGACCUGCAGGAGAUAAAAGGUCAGAUUUCUGUAAGCCCAGUAGCAUUCCUACAGAGAUUUCUUGGGGCACAGAGCUGAAUUAACGCCUCCAGAGAGAUCAGAUAUGAAGCUCCGUCUCUCUUCCACGUUGCUGAGAGCUGAAUUUCACUAAGCCUUUUUAAAGUAAAGCUGAAUUCACUAUAGCAGCUGAGAGGUGUGGGGUCCAUCACCACCCCAGCUGGCUAUGGAUGAAGUCUAGGGUGUUUACUCAGAAUUAACAAGGCCUGGCACUGCUGUCUCUGGCAUUCAGUACUGGAUUGUGUAAGCAGGGAUGUUGUAAAUAAAGCAGCACUUCCCAGGAACACUGAGUCCAUGAGCAGGCAGGCUAUCUCUAAGUAUUUCAGAAGUCAUUUCCAUACCAUGAAAGCUAUAAUAUACAAGAGAAAAUGAACUAGAAAGAGAGAGAGAGAAAAUGGGGCAGGGGUGUAAAAGAAAAGCAGAGAGACCAGAUGACAAAAGGGAAGUAUGGUGAGAUAGUCUCUUUUUUAAAGCAUGCAUGUAAGUUAUGUUGAAAAUCACAGGAAAGAAAAUCAGUGAUUUGACAGAGCCCUGAGACUUGCUAGGGUUGUGGUUGUACUGAGGAAGAGCUGAACCCAAAGUUAGCCACCUGAAGCUUGAAAGGAACCUAAAACCAUCCAAUUUUAAACAUGUGAACAGGGUUUUCUUAACAGGGAAGAAACUCUUCCUACGGACCAUAGUCGAAAGGCACAACUUGGCCCCUAGCACUGAGGUGGCAUUGGGUGUGGCCACCAGGAAGGAAGGAAGAUA